AUGGAAGUUAUAGCAGCGCUAAUGCUACUCAUCACGGUGGGAAGCCUGGCGAUACCCACCCAGAAGCCCUCCACAGGAAAAGGGAGGAGAGUUCGAAGACGACCUUCAAAUGACUACGCCCUGUUGAACGAAAGGACAGCCAUGGAUCAAAUUAUUGAGGCCAAUGAGCUAGAAGGUUCCCUAAUAACUCAAGGGAUGACCCUGAGGGAAGGGGACAUAGCUGUCUCCAACAGGAUGGGUUCCAAGACGUGCUUCGCCAGGAGCUGUCUGUGGUCCAAGUCUGUGGACGGCCAUGUGUACGUAGCCUACUCCUUUUCAUCAGACUAUGAUGAGGUGGACAAGCGGACCAUGAAACAGGGCAUGGAGCUGUUGGAGGAGGACACCUGCAUUCGCUUCGUACCUCGCACGCACCAGAGGGACUUCCUGGACAUCCAGCCCAAGUCUGGGUGCUGGUCCUACCUGGGCUCGCGUGGCGGGAGGCAGACUCUGUCUAUGCAGACGCCAGACUGCAUGUCAUCAGGUGUGGCUGCUCACGAGCUGAUGCACGCCUUGGGCUUUGUUCACGAGCAGUCGCGUGCCGACCGGGACAACUACGUGACCAUCAAGUGGUCCAACAUCUGGAAAGAUCGUUGGAGGAAUUUUGAAAAGUUCAAGACAAACAAUCUCGACACCCCAUAUGACUAUGGAUCUUUGAUGCACUUUGGAAUGUUUGCCUACGCUGAAGACGACGACCCCACCAUCAUUCCAAAAACAAGCUGGAGCGUUCAGCUGGGACAGGGCUACGGCCCCAGUCGCAUGGACAAAAUGAAAAUCAACAGACUCUACAAAUGUAGUUAAUUGCUGUUUGCAUUUCAGUCAAAUACAGUAAAUAUACAAUUGCAAAAAACUGAAACACUGCUAGUGUGUGACAAUACUGUUACUGGGUGAUAAUAAUAAGUUAUCCUCUGAAAAAGAGAGGAA